CGUUUAUCAAAUAUUUGACUUAUGUGGCAACACUCAAAACUAAAUUAAUAAGUUGCUGAGGAAUUACCGACGGAGUUAAUACAUAUAUUAAAAAACACUGACAUUUAAAAAAUCAUAAAUAACUAAGCCAAAAUGUAUAAAAAAUGUGUUGUUUUAGUUAUACUUUUCAGUGCUCAUAUAUCGAAUGGUUUAUUACGGCGCUGUUAUCAAUGUCGCUCCAGGGGCGAACUUGGCAGCUGCAAAGAUCCAUUUAACUUUAACGCAACUGAUGUUGAACAGGAACCUGGUUUGGCGGCUAUACCUUGUGCAUCUGGAUGGUGUGGAAAAGUGAUCGAAGGUGGUGGCGCAUAUGCAGUAGACGAUUACGACCAAGCAAUUCAGCGAAUGUGUGUGCAGCGGGGGCCAGAUGACAAUCAGGAUCGAUGUGCCAAUACGGUUUACAAUUACAAAAAAGUUUACAUGUGCUUUUGCCAAGGAGACCUAUGCAAUCCUGCAUCGAGAAUUAGAGGCACCACUUUUACUUUGGGAAUUACUUUCUUCGCACUUACGCAUAAUUACUUAUAUUCGUUACUAAUUUAAGUCUUCAAUUAUUAUGUGCUGUUAAUAUAUUUUCCCAGUCACUGCGACCAUAGGCCGAUUACUCAACUUCACAGAAAGUGUUUUAUGUGAAUUUGAAUGUAGGUACGAAUGUUGGAUAAAUACUUACAAUAUAUAUAUAUAUAUUUUAAAUAAGCGGUUUAUUAAACAAUAUUAAAU